UUGCAGUCGAACUUGGAAAAGGGGAGGCCAGCUGUGGAGUUGAGGUAAAGUAGUUGCUUUGUCACCAAAUUAAGAAAAGAAGCCAAAAAUAGUGGGUUGAACUGUUGAGGUAGAGGAGCUGUUAUGUUGUUGAGCUUCAUUUUGGACAGCACAGUAAGCAAACGCACCACUUCAGGUUCAGCUGAUGGUUUAAACUUCGCAGACUUUGCUGGUUUAUUGACAUUGUGACCCCUGGUUCCUGUCACCACCACUGAAAAGAAAUCGGGUUAACCCAGUUAAACAACAAUGGCUUCUGUGUGGGAUGAUCUGAGCCUUCUUCUGGAUUCCCCAGAUUCAUUAACAGUUCCUUCUAGUGCCAGAGGCACCGUUAAGGAAAAGCCAGGUUUCAAUCCAUCUGAAGAUGUUGCUGCUUUAAGGAAGGCUAUAGAAGGCCUAGGGACCAAUGAGAAAUCUCUGAUUGACAUUCUCACUCAGAGAAGCAAUGCCCAGCGCCAGCUGAUCUGCAAAGCUUACCAUCAAGCAACUGGAAGGACUCUCGCUGAUGACCUGAAAGGUGACACUCGUGGAGACUUUGAGGAUAUCCUGCUGGGCCUGAUCAUGACCCCAGCUCAGUUUGACUGCAGGGAAUUUAUGCGAGCGAUUAAAGGAGCUGGAACAACAGACAGCACUUUGAUAGAGAUAUUUUCAUCCCGAUCUAACUUUCAAAUCAAAGCUCUGUCUGAUGCAUAUUUGGCAGAAACUGGGAGAUCACUACUUCAUGACCUGAAGUCUGAGGUGUCAGGGGAUUAUGGGAAAGCCCUGCUUAUCCUUGCUGAGGGCAAAAGGGAUGAGAGUACCACAGUGGAUGCUGCGAAAGCUAAAGCAGAUGCCAAGGUCCUGUAUGAGGCUGGCGAGAAGAGGUGGGGGACAGAUGAGAGCAAGUUCACUGAUAUCCUAUGCCACAGGAGUGUUCCUCAGCUCAGACAGACUCUAGUUGAAUACAAGAAUCUGACUGGGAAGACCCUGCAGCAGAGCAUCGAGAGUGAGAUGUCUGGAAAUUUAGAGAACAUUCUGGUAGCCAUAGUGAAAUGUGUGAAAAGUGUACCAGCUUAUAUGGCAGAGCGCCUCAAUCAGAGUAUGAAGGGCCUGGGAACCACUGAAUCCAUUCUGACCAGGAUUAUGGUCAGCCGGUCUGAAAUUGACCUGCUGGAUAUCAGGGCGGAGUAUAAAAAACUUUAUGGCUGCUCCUUAUAUUCUGCAAUUGCGUCGGAUGUAGCCGGCGACUUUGGCCAAUGCUUGAAGAGGCUUUGUGGAGGGGAUGACUGAGUGGGAGCAGAUGAAGAUUAGCUCCACCCACCAAGGAGUCUGGGCUCGCCUGUGAUUAAUGUUUUUUGGAUCUUAAUCACUAAAAGCUAAACACCUCCUAUGUGAGCUUAUAUUACAGUACUGAUUUGUGUGAUUAUUCUCAUUUAGUAACUGUGGUUCUCAAGGCUUUAAUUUACAUUUUAAAUUUCACCCUGAAGUCACCAAGUGCCUGCUGCUUUGCUUACAUGCACCAAAAUAAAUCUUUGCUAGUCUAAUGUCUGAGUCAUUCAGGGUGGUUUGAUGUGAAAUGAUUCAUUGUUUCUGACAUCUUUACAUUAAUAGUGAUGGGAACCAGAGAUUAUUUCCUGAUGAAUAUGACUUCUUGUGGCUGACUCUGAUUCAUUUACAGUUUUGUUGAAGCUGUUUAUGACUGGGCACUGACCCUGAUGAUAUAAAGUGUUUUUUGUUUUUUUGUGUAUGUUAUUCAAAUGGCCAGUGAACCUACAUGUGUCAAUGUUAUGUUAAGGGUAAAAUCGUGUAAAAUGAUGUGUAAGAUUUUGCCUUGCAACACACUGCAUGUACUCCUACACCAUGAAUGAAAAAUGUUUUAGGCCAGAAACAUAACAUCGUAAAACAGUGUCUUGGGCAUCAAGCUGCACAUUUGUAAUAAUUCAAAAAAAGACUUUUGGUAAUGUUGCUUGUAGAGACAUUUAGCUAUUCAGAUGUCUGGUUCCUAUUAUCACCAUUGUGUUGAAUUAUGAUUUGGUUAGGUUUAUCUAAAAUGACACAUUUCAUAUCAAACCAAUCUGAAUAGCCUUUAAAAAAGUAAAUAUGCCAACCAUAUGGAUGAUGAAAGUAUGAAAGGCCAGAGACACAUAUCCUUUAUCUUCUUUGCUUAUGCUUCAUAUAUAAAUGUGUAUCAUGCUAUUUGUGCGUUAUCCAGAAUUUCCCUAGUAAAUAUAACUUCAUUGGCUGUUUAGGUGCAGUUUAGUAGAAAAAUUGCCAUAUCCCCAUUUUUGACACCAUUCGAACAAUGCAGCACUUGUGCUACUUACAGGAUUUUAAAAAAUUAUUUAAAUAAAAUAAAAAAAGGUUGGACUUCUACUUAAUCUCUGGCUGGAGCACAUUUUUAACCCCUAUGUUAAUCUGAGAUCUUAUCUGUUUUACUCUCUGCUUGACUCCUACUGUCUUGGUUGCCAAAGUAACAUUUUGCAAGAUAACUUCAGCACUUUCAGCCUUUCAGAGUCUUAUUUAAACUUGACUGCUUUUCUCUGCUGUUUGACUGGAACCUUUCUAAUUAAAUCUAAUAUGAAUGCA